AGCAUCCGGGUGAAGGGCUGAAGCAACUACUGUGGGAUGCAGCUAGAUCAAGCACCAAGGUUUGGUUCAAUAAACACAUGGAUGAGAUGAAGGGAUUGGAUGAUGAGGCAUGGACUUGGUUUCAGGACAAGUCUCCAGAACAAUGGAGUAGGGCUUAUUUUAGGGAUGAUUCAAGGUGUGACCUUUUGUUGAACAAUCUUUGUAAGUCAUUCAAUGCAGCAAUCCUGCCAGCUACGGACAAGCCUAUUAUAACAAUGUUGGAGAAGAUAAGGAUGGAUAUGAUGGUAAGGAUGGCAAAUAGAAGAGUGGCAGUUCAAAGAUGGACUGAUAUGGUUAGUCCAAGGAUUAGGAAGAUAUUAUGAUUUGUCAAACAACAAGUUGAUUGGCGACCUACCUCAGUGUGGGGGAAACUUUAGUGUUAGUCUGCAAUAUCUCAAACUUGGAAACAACUCAUUUCAUGGAAAUCUUCCUCAAUCAUACACCAAUGGAAGCAAUUUAAGGAUGAUAGAUAUUGGUCACAACAAUUUCCAUGGGCAACUACCGAGGUCACUGGCGAAUUGUGCACGUCUUGAAAGUUUAGUCCUUUCACACAAUAAAUUUAAUGAUACCUUCCCCGUUUGGUUGGGGGCUCUCCCUGAGUUGAAAAUUUUGAAAAUGGACCACAAUGUGUUCCAUGGAGUGAUUCUGAAACAUGAUAAGAAGAAUCUUCAAUUCCCGGUGCUGCGUAUUCUUGAUUUGUCUUACAAUGAUUUCUUAGGUCAGUUUCCAUUUGAAUACAUUUUUUCUGGAAAUGGGACUACAAGUAUCACUCAUGAUUUGGAGUAUUACCGCAUUUAUUCAUUUAAUGUUGGGUAUUACUCAAUCACGAUAAUUUGUAAAGGCGUGGAGAGGUACUACCCAAGAGUUCGAGAGGACUUGAUACUCAUUGACAUCUCAAGCAACAAUUUUGAAGGAAAGAUUCCUGAAUUCAUUGGGAAACUCCAGGGGAUUUGGUCACUCAAUCUCUCCAAUAACAUUCUCACCGGUCGGAUCCCAUCAUCCUUGAGCAACUUAUCAAGGCUUGAAUCAUUGGACCUUUCACAUAACAAGCUCUCUGCACUUCAUAUCUGGGAAACCAAGGAUUGUGCAGAGAUCUAUUGCCCAAGAAAUGUGGAAAUUCUGAGGGCACUCAACUUCCACCUUCAACAUCAGAAGAUAAUGACUCGGGCUCUGGAAUUGAAUUGGAUUGGAAAUUUGUUGUGGCAGGGUCAGGGAGUGGCUUGUUGGUGGGAGUGGUUGUUGCAGACUUUGUGAUUACCAAGUGGAAUGUGUGGUUCAUUGAGAUUGUUGCAGUACUGAUCGUGUUUUCGAAAAGGAUAAGAAAUUGAGUGUUGGAUCAUGUUGCUCUUUGUUUUUAAGUUGUGUUUCCAAUUUCUUAUAUGUAUGCAUUCCUAGGUAGGGAGGAUUUGUAAUGUUGAGUAUCAGUAAC